CCGCGCGGUGUGGAGCGGACGGUGCACAGCUGCUAGGACAAGUUUUAACGACGGGACACGGAGGACAACACCGCAAGAAACAUGGCGGCGCAACAUGGUGGAGUCUGUGGACGAGGACCUGCUCCCUAUGUAGAAAUGAACGGAUCAUUCUAAGAACCGAAUCCAGAAAUUAAGUCAAGACAAAAUACCCAUGGGCACCUGCUGGAACCUCACCUGAUGCAGGACUUGGAGGCGGAGCAACAUAAGGGAACCCUUUUAUUUUAAGAGAUGGUAUGAAGAGACGGAGCCCAUAUUGCCUUGGACAAGAGCCAGCUGCAUCGGGUACGAUGCUGUCACAGAGAGCUGAAAGCGUUCGCGAGAGCUGCGAUGGGACACAGUGAGGCCGCCGACGAGAUAAGAGAUCUCUGCAGCGCUCCUUUUCAAUCAAAACACUAGACAGUAAGGAAGUCCAUUAUCUAAGAUUAAUGUCAGCUGCGUUGCGGAGGCAGCCUCAAGCUGCACCGCCAGAUCUGAGACAACCCAUGGAGGCGUGGCCUCGACGUUUCCAACGCUGCCGCCGCUAACACCAGCCGAGUGAACAGCGAUGCCUUCUAAGGUCUCCUGCUUAUACUUGCUGACGGUGGUUUGCUGGGCCAGCGCUCUGUGGUACCUGAGUGUGUCCCGCCCCUCCACUUCCUACGUGGGCCAGCUCACUAUCCCCGUACGCAAAACGCCCAAGCUGAACAAAAACACCACCUUUAGCAACAUCCGCACGCGCUCGCUCAACCCGCACGACUUCGGCUACCUCAUUAACGAGGCCAAGAAGUGCGAGGCGGAGCCGCCCUUCCUCGUCAUCCUCAUCAGCACCACCCACAAGGAAUUCGACGCCCGUCAGGCCAUCAGAGAAACAUGGGGUGAUGAGAGCACAUUUCCGGAUGUGCGCGUGGUCACACUCUUCCUGUUGGGCCGCAGCACCGAUGCUGUCCUCAACCAGAUGGUGGAGCAGGAGAGUCAGAUAUUUCAUGACAUCGUCGUGGAGGAUUUUAUCGACUCUUACCACAAUCUGACGCUUAAGACCCUGAUGGGCAUGCGCUGGUUGGCCACAUUUUGCUCUAAGGCUCAAUAUGUCCUCAAGACGGACAGCGACAUCUUCGUCAACAUGGAGAAUCUCAUCUACAACCUGCUGAAGCCCACCACCAAGCCCAGGAGGAGGUACUUCACCGGCUACGUCAUCAACGGCGGGCCAAUCAGAGACAUGCGCAGCAAGUGGUACAUGCCCAGGGAUUUGUACCCUGAGAGCAAGUACCCGCCGUUCUGCUCCGGCACCGGGUACGUCUUCUCCGCAGACGUGGCCGAGCUCAUAUACAAGACCUCUCUACACACCAGGCUGCUGCACCUGGAGGACGUGUACGUCGGCGUGUGCCUCCGCAAGCUGGGCAUCCACCCCUUCCAGAACAGUGGCUUCAACCACUGGAAGAUGGCAUACAGCCUCUGCCGCUACCGCCGCGUGGUCACCGUGCACCAGAUCUCCCCCGAGGAGAUGCACCGGAUCUGGAACGACAUGACCAGCAAGAAACAUCUCAAAUGUUAGCACGACUGUUAGCGCCGGGGGGAGAGUCAGGGAGGAACUGAAUGUCCUCUUAUCACCUGCGUCCCCAUCAUUGGCAAAUACUGUACAGCACGCAGGGAGUCGAGGGAACAGUGUUGACGAAGCGUCCGCCGCUUUGUCCGGACGCCGAUUGCUUUGCCAGGAGUCUCAGACAGUGCAAGGCCAAAGCAGACUCCUCUGUAUUCUACAUAUUUUCUCACUUCAAGGUGUUUAUGAGACAAAACAGCCACAAAGUUGGAAACCCAAAAAAAUGUUUAAAAAGUUCAGGUGGUUGUUUGCCAGCAGCACUAUAAUUCUUAGGGAAAAACACGACAGGAAACUUAGCAGCUCAUGUUCAACUGCUCAUUUACACAAGACACAAACUGUUCCCAGUUACUAAACUGCAGAUUACAUUAAUGCCAACACUUCUUUGAACCCAGACAUUCGCCUCUCGGGUCAAUCACAAGCUCUAAUUAUGAAUGUUCCUCAUGUAUUUUCAGUUGUUGUACUUUUUCUGAACAAGGUGUUAAUGUUGGAUGUACUGUCUGGCGCCGCAGCAGCUGUCGUCAUCGUGAGGACCGUGGUGAGUUUACAAUGUGAUGACUCAUUUAGAUAGGCGUUGUGUCAUGUUGCUCUAGAAAGCAGUGGAACUAGAAGUGUUAAUGACUGGACCUGUUUGCCUCUGUGAUGUUCUUUUUCAGGAGCAGACGUAUUUUCUUACAGCUGAUCUUUGUAUCAUGCAAUGAAAAAAAGUAUCCGGACAGCGUGAAGACAUCGGCUGCUCGCAUUCCCAAGUGAAUGUUACUUCUGUUAAAAGUGUAAUGUGCAGUUAUUUGUCCCAGGCAGCACUGUGAACAGGCUGCAGACUAUUAUAUUUUCUAUUACUUGAACACGAAGGAGAACAGAUGUACUGUAAGAGCAGUGA